AAUACAACAUUGCUUUUGUGAAGAAGUUGCACAAAACAUGCUCUACUAUUUUUUACACUCUCUACCGUCACUUGUUGAAGGAUAGUGUGAUUCAUAGCCAUGAUGGAUGAAGAACAAUCCGUAGAUACUACCAUGGACGUCAGACAAGAUUUCAUGCUAUCAUCACCUACUGCUGAUUGUAAACCGACUUUCAGAAUAGCCCAUUUUCUCAAACCCAUUUCAAACUCCAUUCAUGAACCACCUCCAUUUAAGUUUAACCCAUUUUCAUCAUCAUCAUCAUCAUCUUCUUCUGUUUCUGUACCAAAGGAAUGGCCUUUGACAAUCCAUUUUCAUGGGUGGCGUCAUCGACAACCGAAAUGGUUUAGGUGGGUUGAUCAACUUAAGCCCAAAUAUGAAUCACUGUGGAAAAAAGUUGGCAUCUUUGAAGCUAUAAUGAGCACCAAGUGUCGCAUAAACAAAAAUCAAGACUUGCUUUAUGGGGUUGUUGAGAAUUGGUGCUGUGAGACAAAUACGUUUGUGUUUCCCUUUGGUGAAGCGACUAUUACUCUGGAGGAUAUCAUGGUUUUAGGAGGUUACCCUAUUCUUGGUGAUCCUGUUUUCAUUUCACUUGAAGACCAACAAAUGAGAGAGGUUGAAGAGAAGCUCAUCAUUGCAAGAAAUAAACUUUUUAAGAGUAAAACAGGUAGGCCUAGAAUAACAUUAUGGAUGGAUAUUUUCAUUGAUAAAACUAGUGAAAUUGAACAUGAAGCAUUCCUUGCUACUUGGUUGUCAAUUUUUGUUUUUCCAUAUAAAAGCAGGUUGUUGAAAUGUUCUUUGUUUCCAAUUUCUAUUCAUCUUGCUAGAGGGAAUCCCAUUGCUUUGGCUCCCGCUGUUUUGGCUACCAUAUAUAAGGAAUUAAGUUUGUUUAAGAAAACAAUUGUUGAUCUGUCAAAACAUCCUGUUGGUGGUGAAAGGUUUCCCUUGGAGGUUACUCUUGAAUCACCCUUUUACUUGGUUCAAAUUUGGGUUUGGGAGAGAUUCAAAAAUUUACAACCACAGCCACAAACCAUGAUGAUCAACCAUGGAGAGUCUUUAUUGCUUAGGUGGCAUAAGGUUAAGGCUCCGAAAAUAGACAAUGUUAGGUUGGCAAUAGACUCGGCUAUCGAUGAUUUUCUUUGGCGUCCAUAUGUUAAGUAUGCUGAUAAGUGUGGAAUGUUUUAUCCAAAUGAUGAAAUUUUGGUACCAUUUGAGAAAGUUUUGGUAGAUAGACAAAUGCUGUCAUUUGUUAUAUGCAUGAGAGUUUCUGAACUUGUUGGAUUUGACAACUCUAUAGAGCAAUAUCUUCCACAUAGAGUUGCUAUGCAAUUUGGAAUGGAUCAAGAUGUUCCAAGUUAUGUGCCUAGAUUCAAUGAGACUAAAGAGAUUGCUUGGAAAAACUACUACAGGCCCAUAUCCGAUAAAAAUUUGAAUUUUCCUUCAAGAUUUUUUGAGGCUGAUGUUACUGCUCGUUAUGCAAGGUGGUGGAAACAGUCCGUAUUGGGGAACGAAGAUUUUGUUAAGAAAAUUGUGCAACGGAAGAGAAGUGCAAGUUCAAGAAAACAUAGAACUGAUGUAGGAAAAGCCAACAGAAGUGGUAAUGAUAUUGGUGUUCCACCAGGUUUUCCUCCCAAUCUUGUUGACACUCUUUGUUUCGGAAAGUUUUAUUAUGAUUGUUUACAAAAUAAAACUAGAAAGGUUGAUUAUUUGUAUGCUGAUGUUUCUUAUAAAAACUCUGUUCAUAAUCGUUUAAAAGCUGUUAAGAAUAUUGAUGCCGAUGCUCCUUAUGAGACGCCAGGUGAAAGCCAAAGCAAACACUUUUCUGUCAGAAAAAAAGUCUCUUCUUCUCUUGAUAUGGCUGCUCAUGCAGAAGCUAAAGAAACAGUCCGAGAAAAAGCAAGAGAUGAUGAAGUUAUGAUUUUGUUAAAAGAGCAACACUUGAAGAAUCAAGAGGAAUUUGCGCAUCUGGCAAGGCAACAGGAAGAGAUGUUACGGUUAAUGGCUUUGAGGGAGAAGAGAGAUGAAGAGUUGAGGCAACUACUCACUAGUUUUCUAAGGAAGCUACAAGCACCACCACAGUCAUCUUCUUAAAACUCUAUUUUGUUUUAAAUUCUCUUUAUCAAACUUAUGACAGUGAUGCUAUUUUCAUACCAAGCAUUUAGUCGAUAACAAUACUGUU